CGGAUGUAAAAACUAUCCAAUCCAUGAUGUUGACCAAAGAAAUCAUCUCCAUGGUAGAGAACGUGAGGAGAUCUUUUAAUUGUCAUGAAAGAAUCCUUAAGUUCUCAGACGUCAAGGUGCUGCUCUGCGGUGAUUUCAAUUCACUGAUGGAUUCUGGGGUAUUCCAAUUCCUGUCAACGGGUCAACUGCCGCUGAGUCACCCUGAGUUCCAGGGUUUUAAUUAUAUCAACGCGAUCGUGAACAUGAUGGGUGGAGAAUGUUGUGGCAAAAUUACCCACCCGCUAAAUCUGUCAUCAGCCUGCAGUCUGCAGAUUAUGCCGUAUACUAAUUACACAUACGGAUUCAAGGCGAUGAUCGAUUAUAUAUUUUAUUCGUCCUCCAACAUGGUGUGUCUCGGAGUCUACGGCCCCAUUCCGCAAGAAUGGUUCGAUAUGUUUAGUGUAGUGGGCUGUCCGCACCCUUUUGUUCCAUCUGGUAUGUAUAAUUCUGUUUCUUGAUUUUUUAAUUAAAAUUUUGAAAGCCUAGAAAUUUUUUGCUUAUGAUUUCCAUUUUUUUUUUAGAU